AUGGACAAGAAACAUACUGGCCAUCGUGGCAACUCAGCCAGGUCAAUCCUCAUCGGUCUUGCAAUCAGUCUUGCCGGUUUCAUCUACGGCAUCGACACCGGCAUUAUCGCUUCCACCAUUGCACAGUCCACCUUCAAGACAUACAUGUAUGGCGGCCUCAAGGCCAACGCUUCAAUCACAGGCGGCAUCGUCUCGGGCUACUACGCCGGCUCUGCCUUUGGCAGCGGUGGUGCAGCGUACUGCAUGGACAAGCUAUCUCGUCGCUGGACACUACUCUUCGGGUGUUGUGUGAGCAUCAUCGGCGCCAUUCUCCAGACUGCCGCCCAGGGCCCAGCCAUGAUGAUCGUUGGUCGGGCCUUCUCAGGCUUCUCAACGGGCAUGGUCUACCCUACCGCUCCCGUCUACUUGGCGGAGUUGUCACCUCCCGAGAACCGUGGCUUUCUUGUCGGCUUGAAGGGACUGAUGAACACACUUGGCUUCUUCGCCUCCGGAUGGAUCGGGUAUGCCGGCUCGUUUGCCGUCGGCGAGGCACAGUGGCGUAUCCCUCUCGCGACUCAGGCGCCACCUGCACUGCUUCUGGCUGUCCUUACAGUUUUCUUGCCAUACUCUCCCCGUUGGCUUGCCAAACGUGAGCGUUACGACGAGGCUAAGAAGGUCAUGUACGACCUGCACGGCCACCGCGGGUCCGAGUUCAUCGAGGCUGAGUUCGCCGAAAUGUGCAGCCAGAUCCAGCUCGAGGGCAGCUCUAGCAAAAGCGCCAACUUCAGGAAGCUCUUCAAGAGGCAGUACAUCCGCCGCACACUGCUGGCCUGCAUGACCGUUAAUAUGAUGAAGCUGUCGGGCUCCAACGUCAUCCAGAGCUACCAGUCGGUUAUGUACAACGCGCUGGGCUACAAGGGCCAGACGGUCCUGCUCAUCGGCGCGCUCAACGGCUUCAUGGCCGUCAUUGGGCAGAUCAUCAACGUCUUCUUCGUAGCCGACCACUGGACCCGCCGCAUCACCGUCAUCACCGGCAGCUACUCGCUUGCCGUCAUCCUCGCCAUCCUCACCGCGCUCUCCAAGUUCAGCGAGGGCGGCGGCGCUGAUAUGUCGCGCGCGGGUGUCGCCUUCGUCUUCCUCUUUGCCUUUGCCUACUCGUUCUUCUUCAACAGCGUCAACUGGGUCCUCGUCGCCGAGAUCUUCCCCUUGGACCUGCGCGGCGUCGGCGUCGGCUUCGCCGUCUUCACGCAGGCGUGCACGGCCAUCUGGCUGUCGUACUCGGCGUCGGUGGCGUUUGACCGCAUCUCAUGGAAGUUCUACUUUGUGUUUAUCGGGUGCAACAUCUUUGCCGGGACCAUCUACUUCUUCUUCCUGCCCGAGACGCGGUUCCUGACUCUCGAGGAGGUCGCGGCCAAGUUUGGCGACGAGGUCAUCAUCCCGCCGUCGACGAAGGAGCUGGAGGCGGAGGGGAGCGGAGAGAUAACGGCGCCGGCUGAUAAGAAUGAGGUUUCCUCAAACCAUGUUGAGGCGUCCCGGAACUAG